AUGGAUGGGACAGAAACAGUGAACACUGAUGGAAACUCUCUGCUGAGGGCCGUUUACCUGAGCCGUCUUCGUCUGACGCGCCUGCUCCUGGAGGGUGGCGCUUACAUAAACGAGAGCAAUGAACGUGGAGAGACACCCCUGAUGGUCGCUUGCAAAAGCAGACACACCGACAGUCAGAGCGUGUCGAAGGCCAAGAUGGUCAAAUACUUACUCGAGAGCGGUGCCGACCCAAACAUCCAGGACAAGACGGGGAAAACAGCUCUAAUGCAUGCAUGCUUGAAUCUGGCUGGUCCUGAGGUCGCGUCUUUGCUCCUUGACAGUGGGGCUGAUCCCAGCGUGGAGGACCACACAGGUUCUUCGGCCCUUGUCCACGCCAUCAACGCAGGUGAUGAGGGUACUCUGAAGAUGCUGAUGGAUGCCUGCAAGGCUAAAGGCAAAGAAGUUAUCAUCAUCACGCCAGACAAGCUGGCCUGCGCAAGACAGAUGACCAAACAAUAUCUCAAGGUUCCCCCGCUUGCAUCCCUGGAGCAUUGGGACAACCUUCAUUCCUCUAUGAUGCCCUGUGCGUCUCCUUCUGAGAUCCACCUCCAUACAUCCCAGGAAGACACACCCAGUGCCCCUGAGCAAGUGUUCUCCUUUCAAGACCGCAAGUGUAAGGCGAAUGCCCCACCUACUUCCUCAUCUCAUCAACCAUCACCAGUACAUGGGAGAGUAGAAAAACUCCAAUCCCUGCAACGACUGCACUCAGAACCUUGGCUGAAGAUCCCACAAUCCUUUCUGGCCCAGCAACUGGGCAAAGGGUCCUUUCCAACUGAAGAACUGCCGGACAUCACACCAGAGGAGGAGCUUACUUUCCAGAAGAGGUUACCAUUUUCUAAUGCUAAUCUCACUCGCCAUUGCAGCAUGGACCUCAAAGAAGCAGGAGGUUUAAAUCACACUUUGAGACGAGAAAUUACUGUUGAUGAUGAUGGAAGUCUCAGACCAGAGGGAGCACUAUGCCGUAAAAUGUCCUUUGAUGGCUUAUCCUCUUUGCACUCUCUCUCCCACCCAAACCUUCACUCAAAAAGCAGUGCAGAAACCAUAACUAAAGACAAAGAUCAGGACAAGUCCCUCCCCAACCUGGCAGUGUCAAGUCUCUGGAACAUCAUCCAGCGCAGACAACUUGGAGUGGAUCAUUACAGUUCCGAUUCCCAGUUGUCUGCGCCAGCUGGUCGCUCCCUCGAUGAUCACAAAGGCCAUAUGGAGAAGAGAAGACUUCCCAUAUCUCGCUCAUCCACCUUAACGGGAUCACGAGAGUUCCUUGACAAUGCGUCGCUAGCAUACAUGCAUAGAAGACACCCCGUCAGCCUGGAACGCAGGGGAUCCGGCGCCCUCCUCUCAGAACAAGUUUCCCACCCGCGAUCCGGCUUCCUGCCACCGCUGACCCAGCAUAGCCAGAUUCCUCAGGGGACUUCCGGAGGGAGCAGUUCCAAUUCCGUGGGUUCGAACUCCAAGCCGAUCUGCAGCGGAGUGACAGGAAUGAGGCCUUGUGUGCCGUCUGCUCCUACAGGGUUCCCCAAGGAUUUCAAGAUCAGGAAGAUGCUGAUGAGGCGGCAUUCCAUGCAGACUGAGCAGAUAAAGCAGCUAGGUGACUUCAAGGAGAUAUGUGGACACUGA